AUGGACGAGCUGUGGAGGAAGCAAAGACAAGAGUCGACUGCACAGACUGUUCCUCCUGCUUACUGCUCUGACCCAGGCCCAGGGAGGUUUGGGGAGGAGCAGAGCACUGGCCUAUCCUCUAGCCAGGGGUCUGUGCCCUGGGAGGCCAUCACUGCAUCCUCCUCCUGGCCUGGAGAUGACCCGGGUUCCUGCCAGCUGUGCCAGGGGCAGGACACACUCAGGCAGAUUGCCUUUGGGACUAACCUUUCGCUGCUGCCCUCCCUUCUCACGGAGUGGCUCCUGUUUGUCUUCCUCACUCCCUACCAGAGCAACCAGUGGCAUCUGCCAGUGGGAAGGGAAGGAAAACGCCUCUUAGCAACUAGCUUCUUGGUGCAUGAGAAGACCUGGUUUGACAAAUUCAAGUACGAUGAUGCAGAGAGAAAGCUCUAUGAGCAGACAAAUGGUCCUGUGCCUGUCUCCCCACCACAGAGCACAAACACCAGCUCUUCCAGCGGUUCCAGUGGGGACCAUAAGGCAGAGAACCAGAGCCUUCAGAGUGCGAUUCAGUACCUACAGCUCACCAUCUCCAAGCUCGAAAUCUGGCUGCGUACCCUGGAGAAAUGCUCCCUUUCCAAUCGCUCUCUGGCUCCUCAGACUCAGCAUGUAUUCCCUAUGCAGAAGGUGGGGCUACCCACCACACCACCCUCUAAGAAGGCAGAGGAUGAUGAGGGAGAUGAUGAUGUCGACUUGUCUGGUAGCCAUGAUGAGGAAGAGGACAAAGAAGCAGCCCGACUGCGGGAGGAGUGGCUUUGGCGGUCUGCAGAGAAGGCCAAGAGGCCAGGGCUGAUUGCCAAGUCUUCCAUCCUCCUAGAUGUCAAGCCUUGGGAUGAUGAAACAGACAUGGCAAAGUUGGAUGGACUGGCCUGGGGAGGCUCCAAGCUGGUGCCUGUGGGGUAUGGUGUUCGGAAACUGCAGAUCCAGUGUGUGGUGGAGGAUGACAAGAUGGGCACAGACAUCCUGGAGGAGGAGAUCGCCAAGUUCCAAGAUUAUGUGCAGAGUGCUGACAUCGCUGCUUUCAACAAGAUCCAAAAGGCCCUUGAAUGUGUGUGAAUCUGUAACCAAAAUAAAGGCUGAGAUCUGAGGUGAAAAAAAAAA